UUGGCCUUGGCAGGAUUAUAUGAAGAUGAAGUGAAAUGCAAGUCUUCCAAGCCUGACAAAUCUACAGCUGCAGCCUUUAAGAGCCCAAGAACAUUGCCGCAUCGGCUUUGUUCAGGUGAACAGGAAUAUGGUGGAUUACAUAUAGUUCAACCUCCAACUGGGAAAAUUGUGAAUGAACUUUUCAAAGAGGCAAGGGAACAUGGGGCCGUCCCUCUAAACGAAGCCACAAGAUCUUCAAGUGAUGACAAACCUAAGUCAUUUACAGGUGGAGGAUACAGAUUGGGCAGUUCUUUCUGUAAGCGGUCAGAGUAUAUCUAUGGAGAAAAUCAGCUGCAAGAUGUUCAGAUUUUACUGAAGCUGUGGAGCAAUGGUUUCAGUUUGGAUGAUGGAGAAUUGAGACCUUACAAUGACCCAACAAAUGCUCAGUUUUUGGAAUCUGUUAAGAGAGGAGAGAUUCCCCUGGAGCUUCAGCGACUGGUCCAUGGCAGCCAAGUGAGUCUGGAUAUGGAGGAUCAUCAAGACCAAGAGUACAUAAAACCCAGAUUGCGAUUCAAAGCUUUUAGUGGAGAAGGGCAGAAACUUGGAAGCCUUACACCUGAAAUCGUCAGUACUCCUUCCUCCCCAGAAGAAGAGGAUAAAUCAAUACUUAAUGUACUUAAUGCGGCUGUUCUUAUUGAUGAUUCAGUGCCCACCACGAAAGUUCAGAUCAGGUUGGCAGAUGGCAGUCGCCUAAUACAGCGAUUCAACAGCACACACCGGAUUCUGGAUGUCCGAGACUUUAUAAUACAGUCACGUCCUGAAUUUGCAACAACAGACUUUAUUCUUGUGACUUCAUUUCCAAGUAAAGAGCUAACAGAUGAAAAUCUGACACUACAAGAAGCAGAUAUUCUUAAUACCGUGAUACUCCAACAGCUAAAAUAGUAUUGUUCCAACCCAUGUAGAAAUAGGUAAUGUUGUACAUAUUAGUAAAAGUACUUCUAGGAUAAAAACUACCAAAUUAUUUUUAUUAUUCAGAUAAAUCGGUUUUUGCUGUUGCUCUAUCUUCCAGUGUUUGUCUAGAUAAUCUAGACUACAGAUAGAUCUUGAUGUUUGAAUUUUUAGUUGCAGGGCUGGCUUAUAUUGAGAGAUUUUAAAAAUCUAGGUCAACCAACUUACUACAUGCUUAAUGUCAAUGUAAUAACAUUUGCAUAUGAAAUGAAUAGAUCCCCUUUUGAUGAAUACAUUUGGUAAAAUUUGCACUCAAGUUUUUUAAUGCAGCGAUGACCAGUGGCCAGUAAGAGUCCCUUUUCUGUAAUAUAUACCAGAGUGUCUACUCCAACUUCAAAAUUGUUUGAUCAUACAAUAACUAAGAUUUUUGUGUGUUCUUUUCACAUAUUGUUUGAACUAUGUUAGUAUCACAGAAUAUAUUUUGGCCUUGUAUUUUAUAAAAUUACAGUUCAUAAACUAAAUUUUAAUAGAUGUAAAAGUCAUCAGCUCUUGAGAAGUGAUGAUAAAUAGCACUUUAAAAUCAAGAAAUUAUUGUUCUUGCAGAGCCUGCCUUGAUCACUUUCAUUGCUUCAUUCAACAUAGAAAAGGGGACAUAUACACAGAAAUACUGUUGUAGAUUGUUGUACAAAACAAUGUACUCUUCAGUGUAUGAACUCAGUCUGAGAGACUGAAGGAAAAAUCACCAGCAAGAUGUUUGUGUUUCCCUUAUCCAGGCAUGUCUUGAAUGAUGCGGUCUGUAUCGGAAACAACAGAAGAGUAUGUUUCCCCUAUCAUUAGUUACCAUUUCGGUGUGAUUUUUUUUUUUUUUUUUUUUUUUUUGAGACAGGGUUUCUCUGUGGCUUUGGAGCGGGUCCUGGAACUAGCUCUGUAGACCAGGCUGGUCUCAAACUCACAGAGAUCUGCCUGCCUCUGCCUCCGAGUGCUGGGAUUAAAGGUGUUCACCACCACCGCCUGGCUUUAUUUUCUGUUACUGACAUAAGGAAAUACAGAAUUUGUGACUGAUAUGCACAGAUUUCUUAUCUUAAAAUCGUGUAGGAUGAAAUUGAAGAGGAGAUUCUGUGUGCUAGAAUCAAGGUGUUGGUAGGACUGCAGGCAGGCUCCAGAGACUCAUUCCCUGGCUGCUGAGCCUCCAGAGGCCAUCUGUGUUCCUUACCCAUGGUGCUGUCCCUCCCUUGUCUAACAGCCAGCACUCGCAUCCUCUGAGCCUUUGGUAAUUACAAUGUUUCCAGCUUUUGGGGACUGUCAGAUGAGAGAGGAUGCACAUGGUCAUCUCCAAAUGUUAACUUGAUAGUCACCUUAAUCAUCCUUCAGAGUUGCUCUUUUCCAUUCCAGUUACACCUUCGUGGGAUGGAGGAGAUUGAUAUGGUUGCUGACCACAGCCCACACUAUCUCAAAGACUCACCCCAUCCCUUCAGAGGUGCUCAGAAAUCUCAGCAUAUCACAUCAACUCAGUCCAAAACCUUAUCUACAUUUCAUUGGUUCAGAAAUCCUAACUCUCAUUAAGAUGAUCUAAAUUAAUUGGAGAUCUAAAUUUCCUCUCUUCCUGUGUCACUAAAAAGGAAUUAUCAGCUCACAGGUAAAUGUCAAAACAGCGAUAGACUAAGCUAUAAACAUUGAUGUGUAAAAGGCAGGAAACAGUCAAAAGUGGAGCCACUGUUACCCAGGAGCAUGCAAAUCCAGUCGAACAUCCCAUCAACAUCUAUGGUCCAACAUUGGCUCUUGCAAAUUAGUCCUUGGAGUUUUGACUGUUUCCAUCAUCUUCCUUUCACAGAAGCCACACAGCUUGUUUCUUCUCAUCCUGUGCUGUGUGCCUUUCAUUUUACAACAGCAACACUCUGUCAAGAAACUUAAGGAUCUCCUGUGUGCCAUAGAAAUUGGCUCCAUUAAACAGGGAGCUCUUCGAAGCAUCUUUCUACUAACAGAAAUAAUCCCAUGUCAUAUUUUUAGUUUCUCACAGAAAGUAGAACUGUGUCAUACCCAUGAUCUCUUUAAGAGCCUUUUGUGUGCCUGAAUAUGCAAACCAUUUUGUUCCAUGUGUGGUGUGUGUGCUUGUGUGCCUGUUUGGAUAUGUGUUUGGGAGAAGCCUGAAGUUGAUGUUGGGAUCCUCCCUCCAUCUCUUUCCACCCUAUCCAUUCAGGCAGGGUCUCAGUUAAACCUGGAGCUCACUGGUACAGCUAGUCUGGCUAGCGUGCUCCAGGGAGUCCCUGUCUGUACCUUCUGAGUGCUGGAAUUGUGGUAGCCCUCCUACCCACCCAGCAUGGCCAGCACAAGCUGCUGAGCCAUUCCCAGCCCUUUGUAUAAGGGUUAUACAGCCACAGCCUUGUUUCUAUACAUCGGGCUUUCCUGACAGUAUUGCCAUUUUUAAAAAACACCUUUCUUAAGUACUUGUCGAUUAGGUAGAUGGAGAAUUCCACUAAGCCCCGGCUUCUUUUUAUAUAUCACCUUUUCACACGGUGUUUCUAUUUACGAUGAAACUUUAUACUACAACCAGGAAGAAUAAAACAGUUUAAAGCUUACCUGAAAAUUCCCACUUAGUCUUAAGCUUACCAUCUACAUAGUCUGCUUUGCACAUAACUGUGCAACCCAGCCAAGUUUCAGUUUUCCAACAAUGGCUUUGUCAUUCUCUGAGCCCACUGCAGCAGGACUUUUAAUGCCAUCACUUUCUAAAGACUGUUGAUGACCACUUAGAUACUCUUUGAUGGUUUAGGUUUUCUCUAUCAGGUCUUAACUCCCUUCCAACCCUCUCCAGCACUAGCCUGUCCUGCUAACAGUCUGAAUAAGGCAGCCUAGGCUCUUCUGUCAUUGUCCUCAAAACUGCCUUGGCCUCCAUACUAAGGCCAUAUGUAAUCCAAAACUGGAAUUGUCCCAACAGCAGACCCUACCCCCCCCCUCCUGGUUGGUUAGGAUGUGCUGUAGGGCAGCUAGAGGUCUCUGGUUUAUUGCAAGGAAGUGAACUAGAAUUUAUGUUUUGGUUUUUUUGUUAUUGUUUUCUUGAGAUAGGGUCUCACUGUAUGUAUAUUCCUGGCUGGUCAGGCACUCAUUAUGUAGACCAUGCUGGCCUUAAACUCACAGAGAUCUGCCUGCCUCUGCCUCCUGAGUGCUAAGAUUAAAGGCCAGAGUUACCUGUGAGUUAAUAUUUAGAGUACUGCUAGUGUUACUACAAGAUCUCUAUGGAGAAUUUUUCUUAAUCAUAUAGGAAAAAAAAAGAACUUCAAAAUCUUUCCCCUCACAAUACAGGCCCAACCCUGCUCCUUUUUCCUUUGUUAAACACAAUGUGGAUAACAGCUGAAGUUCAAAAAGAUUACCAAAGCCAGCUGUGGACACAUGUCUGAUAUCACUACUUCAGACCUAAGGAAAGAUCACUGUGACCUAGGGGCCAGCCUGGGCUACACAGUAUGAGACUGCCUUAAAAAAAAAUGACCAAACAAAAACAGAUAAACUGCCUUUCAAGAUGGUACAAAAUAAGAGCUGGAGGGAUGGACUCAGCAGAUGGAGCAGAGGUGAGGAGACCACCUGCCCAAAUCCACGCAAAGCCUAACAGGCCCCGUGGCCUCCAGUCUCAGCAUGUGGCAGGCAAAGGUGAUCUCUGCAACACAGGGCUAACUAAAUGGGGUAGCUUCAGGUUCAACAAGACUCCCCCAUCCCCACCCCCUUCUGUUCAAUAAAGAACAAGGAAAACGUGGUGUCAGCUUCAGGCCUCUAGGCACACACAUGGGCUUCCAUGCUCUCUCUGUGUGUGUGUGUGUGUGUGUGUGUGUGUGUGUCUGUCUGUCUUCUGUCUGUCUGUCUGUCUCCGUAUCCCCAACACACACAAAAUGGAUUAAUAAUACCUUAAUCAUUGCAAAUAAAAGGGCAUUACCUGUUUUUAAAACAGAAAAAAAUAUCCAAGCCUUGAAAAAUCAUUUCAGUUUUUCUUGUAGCUUUCUUAUCAGUUGUAUUAAGUACCUGCAAAUGCUAAAAAAAUGACUGCCAGUUUUUUUUUUAUAAUAGUCUUCCAAAAGACUGAAGUGUGUGUUAGGACAACUAUUGAAUGCCCCCAUGAUGACAAGUACUUUCACGGAUAUUACAUGCUUUAUUGAGAAUCCAUUUAUACUGUAACUUUUUAAAUGUAUCAUCACAGAGCAAGGAGGCACAAUGAGUAGUCAGAUCAGUGUCUGAGAACAGUUUUUUUUAAAUGAUUAUGUAGUAAAAAAAAGUUUGCAAUAUCUGCCUACAAAUGUUUUCAUUGAAACUCGUUGAAUAUGUUUUUAAAAUUAUUCUUGAUGUGCAGCUUGAUUUCACUGCUUGACUGGGUUGCUUUGAACCUGAGCCUUUUCAUCUGUUUAAUUGCCCCUUGUUUGGGGGCAGAGAGGACUGAGUUGCCUGUGGGUAUUUCUGUUUUUAUUCUGCCACACAACCAGAUUCAGUUGCCUCCUGACUAUUUGCCCCUAUGCAUUUCUGAAAACAUUGGCAUGAAGUGUAUUAUAAUAAGGCGCAUUCAGUUUUCCUCUUAAGAGUUUGUAUCCAUGAUAAUACACACAUAUUUGGUUAAUAGUGCCAAAAGCUGAAGAAAUUUUUAUAAUGUGUAAAAUAUUUAGUGUCGUUUAAUUUCAAUUAAAGAGUUUGCAAAAGCCCAGAUGCAUAUGUGUUUACAUAGCCUGGAACAAUGAACUAUAUGGCUUACAGAGGAUAGCAAGAAGCUUUGGAGUUUCCCCUCUUAAAGAACAAAGAGCCAUGCUGGGGGCCAUGGGGAGCGUGCUCUUAGACAGUUUGAACACGAUGACCUCUUUUCCUUCAGAUAAAUGUUUACAUAGGAAGCAGAGAGACUCAAUCACUUUCGCCUCCACAGCUACCCUAAGAGUUCCCUUGAAUGCUGCUGUUGAUUUCAGAGGGAGCUCCUGAAAUGAAGGACAUCAAGAAAGCAAGCUAGUGAGCCACCACUGAUUGAGGGGGUCACCACACUCGUUUAUUGCAAGACAAAGAAAUGACUAGUAAUUCAGUAGGGUGGACUUAAAGACCCUGCACAGAAUUAGCAGCACAACCCUUUCUCUGUUGGCAAGUUAAGGUAUUGUAUGCUAAUUAGCAACACAUAAAGGGCCAAGAGGUUAAAGGUGGGUGGCAACUGCCUUUGUGCUAAACAAUUUUUGCCAUCUUUCCUUUCUCCCCUGGAGUAGGCAUUGGCUUGGGAGCAGUGUAUCUGAAUACUGGAGCAUUCGAAAAGACUACUAAAUGCUGUUUUUAUGUUGUGCCUCUGACUUUGGUUUGUGCUUUCCUUCUCUACAUAGUGUACGUUUAGAUGUAUCUUUCAGACACCUAUUACAGAAGAUUCUUUGGUGGUGUUUUCAUAUGUAACAUCUUCCUCAUUUUAUUUUUGAUAUUUACCUCUAUGACAAAGUCCUUGCUAACUUUGCCACUUUUAAUUCAAGAAUAACUCAUUUUUAGCCGUCUGUGACAAUCUGUGUUAAUUAAAGUGUCGAAUGUAAACAGUACAGGUUUUCAGGAAGUGAUGGACUUGCUCAUCAUAGUGUGAGCGUAGUUGAGAGCAAGUGGAUGACUUGCUUUCAGUGGCCUCCAAUUUCUUUUUGAGUUGAAAGUGGUAAGAGAAGUAAUUCUUAAAGAAAUGUUCAUGUUUUGUAUAGAUUGAUGUUAAGUUCAACAUUCCAUGGCAUGAGGUAUUUAUUUUUAUUCAUAUAAUAAAGUUGUAUGCAAAUACAGUGUUUUCCUGUGUUUAUAAAAAUGCAUAAUAUUGAGUCCAGGAAUGCCUUUUCAAGACACAUUAUUAGUUGGUAGUAUUUGAAAUAUUGUGCACAUAGCUACAUAGAUACUGUAGAGCAACUCAAACUAAUCUGGUCUCAUAUCCUUUCGUAUUAAGCAUGUAUGCCAUUCAUUUUCAGUGACGAGUACAUAUCUUAAAGGUGUGUGGGUUUAUCACUUAUUGGGGGCUUACUGAGAUCAAGGUUCUCUGGAGUCGUGUUAAUGUCCUGGCCUCAGCUUCCUUAAUAAAUACAGUUUCCUCA